AUGCGAAUGCCUCAGGCUCCGACAGCUUUUCCCCACAGCAACGCACCUUCCAUGCCAAGCGCCUUCCAAUUCUUCUCGUGCGGAAUUGGCUUGUUCGACCUCACACCCGAACAGUCUCACUUUGCAGGACAUAAUGUGUCGUACCAGCUCGUGACUGUAGACAACAUGAGCGCGAUUGUAAGCAAGAACGCAUACGAGCUCCUGGGCAACGACCCGGAGCUCGAUCCCAACAGGGAGCCAGAACCACCUACCAAAGUCAUCGACAAGCCUGUCCAGCGAACUGGCAAGCGCAAUGCCGGCGCCGAGGGACCAGCAAAGGACACACCGAGACCUGCAGGAGGAGGACGAGGUGGCAGCCACCAGACGUUGAACAGAGGCGAUGUCGCUGGUGGAAACAACCGUGCCGACCGCCGUGACGAUGGUCUCCGCAACGACCGUCACUCCAACCGCACUAGGGAUGCUGGUGAGUUCCGCGAGGGUCGUGGCCGUGGACGUGAUGGCCGCGCGAGAGGUCGAGGUGGCCGCAACGCACCACGCGACGACCGUCACAGCCACACUGGCAUUGGCGAGCAAGCUAAGCAGGCAGCUCACGGAUGGGGUGGUGAGGACGGCAACUCUGAGUGGGCCGACGAGAAGGCCGGUGAGGCCAUUGCCAACGCUGAGGUCAAGGACGAUGCUGGCUUCACACCCGACACUGGCGCCCAGGACCCAGCCUUUACCAACGGACCAGAUGGCACUGUUGGCGAGGAGGCCGCAGCCGAGCCAGAAGAGAAGACCAAGUCCUACGACGAGUACCUUGCCGAACAAGCCGAGAAGCGUUUAGCACUCGGCGGUGGUCUGAACGUCCGCAAGCCAAACGAGGGAUCCGCGCAGAAGUUCCCAGAAGGCAAGGCAUUCGCCCGUGACCCAGAGGAGGAGAACUUCAUUGCUGCAACCGGCGGCAAGGCCAAGAAGGCGAAGGAGAUCGGCGAGAAGAAGGAGCGUGUCACCCUCGACGGCCAGUACUACGCAUCUGCCGACUCUGGUGAUCGUGGUGGUCGCGGCGGCGGCCGUGGAGGACGCGGAGGACGCGGUGGCCGGGGUGAAUUCCGAGGCGAUCGCGGUGGACGAGAUGGACGCGGCCGUGGCGACCGUGACCGUGGCGACUCUAGGGUAGCACCUCGCGGUGACCGUGGCGCCCCACGCGGCGGUUUCAACGCCCAGGACCAGUCUGCUUUCCCAGCACUCGGCGGAUCCUAG